UGGAUAGGGGGAAGAAUUACAUCUCUGUACGGUUCAUGUCCUCAUUGUAUGGACAUUGCCUCACGUCUAUGUUCCAACUUGGGGCCGAUGUCGGCCGGACUGGCUCAAGCUAAGAAAUUUGCUUUGCACCUACAGAUGUUACUCCCAACCCGUCACACACACGUGAUUACAACGCUUAUCCUACUUUUACCGGACAGCAGUCCACUUCGUCUACUACUGCUUCGUGGAUUGAAACGACAGUCAGAAAAUCAUCACGUACACGAGUGCGUCUCCAGCUCGAGUUGUCCGGUUUACAUCCGCCAUGGCGCCCACCACAUCCAAAGACGUCGUGAUCCUCGACGGCGGCAUGUCUCGCGAGCUGAUCCGCCUGCAAGCGCCCUUCCGCCAGCCAGAAUGGUCAGCCCUCGCGCUCCUCGAAGCACCGCACUUUGUCCGCCAAGCCCACGCCGACUUCGCAGCCGCGGGCGCACACGUGCUCACCACCAACUCGUACGCGCUGGUGCCCUUCCACAUUGGACUUGAGCGGUUCCAGGCGCGUGGGGAAGAGUUGGCUGCGCUGGCGGGACGGUUGGCGCGGGAGACGGCGGAUUCGGUCGCGGGGAAGAGCGUGAGGGUUGCGGGGAGUUUGCCACCGAUUUUUGGGAGCUAUGAGCCCGACUUGUACGAUCCGGCGUUGGUGCAGGAGCGGUUGGCGGUGCUGGUGAGGGGGCUGGCGCCGUAUGUCGAUGUUUGGCUGGGUGAGACGCUGAGUCUUGUGGCGGAAGCGGAGGCUGUCAGGGUGGCGACGAGAGAGUCGGGUAAGCCGGUGUGGAUUGCGUUCACGCUGGAUGAUGGGGGUGUAGAUGCGGAGAGUGCGCCUGCGAGAUUGAGGUCUGGCGAGUCGGUGAACGAGGCGGCUCAGUGGGCUGUGAAAGCUGGCGUCGAGGCGCUGCUGUUCAAUUGCAGUCAGCCUGAGUACAUGGAUGCUGCGAUUAAAGACGCGAGACAGAUAUUCGAGCAAGAGGCUACUGUGAGUGGCGCUCGAGCUCCGCUGAUAGGGGUUUAUGCGAACGCCUUUGAACCGAAGGCUGGAGACGAAGCUGCGAAUGAGGCGAUAAGCGACACGAGGGCAGAGCUGACUCCAGAGCUAUAUCUUGAGUUUGCGCAGCGAUGGGUUGAGAGUGGUGCUACAAUAGUGGGUGGUUGCUGUGGGAUUGGAUGCGACCACAUUCGGAAGGUGGCAGGUCAAAAUCUUAUAAGCGUAUAGUAGACUGCCCCGAAAUUGACUGAAUUGCUGAGAACCUCAUUGUUGAGAGCCCUGUUCUAGCUCAGUAUUCCGGGCUAGGCGCUAGAUGCGGACCAUUGGACAUAGACCCUUAUGUAAACUCAAAGUAUGGCUUCGAAUGACUCUAAGAUAGUCAAAGUUGUGUCAACGUAGCCAACGGCGAUGGACUUUCAGGUCCAAAUUUCAGACUCUCAAUACAACUCG